CCCCCCCUCGGCCCCAACCCCAAGUGGCGCUCCGACUUAUUAAAACAGCUUCUUCCUGCAUCGUAGGAGCAACUCCUAAUUGUCUUAUUGCGAGCCACUUGGCGAGUGAUGACCGCAGAUUAGGGAGCGAAAAGCAGACCGCCAGCGCCGCGACUUCACCGGGACUCAUCAGCUCAGCCCGCGUCAGGUGGCUUCCUGUCGCCCGGCAUUUCUUUGAACAAGGGUAAGUGUUUUUUUUUUUUUUUUUAAGGGGGUCGCUGGAUCUCAGACCCGCAUCUCUGUCUCCGAUCUUCACCACUUGUCGAGUUGAGAUGCGCUGGAUGCUGUUUCCACGGUGGAUCUGGUUCCUGGCGUGCGCGUCCGCGCGGAUGGAACUCGGCGGCGCAGCUCUGCCCCGUGACACCUACUUGCACGCGGGCAUCUGCCCCAAUGAGAUUAACCCCAACCUGUGGGUGGAUGCCAUGAGCACCUGCACGCGGGAAUGUGAUUCUGAUGAGGAGUGUGAGUCCUCUGAAAAGUGUUGCCAAAAUGUCUGUGGGAACCACAGUUGCGUUGCUGCCCGCUACGUGGAUGGGAAGAAGGGCCCUGUGGGAAUGCCUAGGGAAGCAUCGUGUGCCAGCUUCAUGUGCACCCAGCAGGGCUCCGAGUGUGUCAUCUGGGAGGGCCGCCCCUUGUGUAAAUGCCGGGACCGCUGCGAGAAGGAGCCAAACUUUACCUGUGCCUCAGAUGGCAUGACUUACUACAAUAAGUGUUUCAUGGAUGCAGAGGCAUGUUCUAAGGGCAUCACCCUCUCAGUUGUCAUGUGUCGAUUUCACCUCACCUGGCCCAACAUGAGCCCUUUGCUUCCCCAGUUGACCACGCUUCGUCCUACGACUGCCCCCUUUCAGCCCACCGUCCCACUACCAUUGGAACCUGAACAACCCGUGUUGGUCACCAGCCCCAUUCAUCAGACCGUAAACGUGGGUGAAACAGCUAGCUUCCUGUGCGAUGUCACCGGUCAACCCCAGCCUCAGAUCAUGUGGGAGAAGCGGCUGCCCUUGGGAGACGUGAGGGUGAUCAUGAGGCCCAAUAAUGUGUUGGGGAACAUGGUGGUCACAAACAUUGGCCAGCUGGUCAUCUACAACACCCGGCUGCAAGAUUCUGGGGUCUAUACCUGCAUAGCUCAGAACCCGUCUGGUUCAGUCCAGGUCCACCACCCGCUCACUGUGCUCUCAGCAGAGGUGUUCAGCACUCUGGGCCCCAAGAACUUGACUCGCUGCCUCCCUGAAGAAUGCCAAAACCCCUUUGACAGCCCAGAGGACUGUGGAACGGGGCUGGAGAAAGUCAGCUGGUACUAUGAGCCCAAAUCCAACAACUGCUUUCCCUUCAGACACUGCCACAGCAGCAAUGACCAGUCACCCAGAAAAAUGUUUGACACAUACGAGGGUUGCAUACAGUGCUGUGGACCGGAGGUGUCCAGGCCCUGCGGACUGCCUGCCCUGCAGGGCCGCUGUAAGGUCUAUGAGCCCCGGUGGGCGUACAUUAGCACCAUGGGCAAGUGUCAGUCCUUCAUCUAUGGAGGCUGUGAGGGAAAUGACAACAACUUUGAGUCAAAACAGCUCUGCGAGGAAAUGUGCCCCUUCCCGAAAAACCACCACUGCAAAGCUUGCAAACCGAGAGGCAAGAUGGUGACGAGCUUCUGCCGGAGCGACUUUGUGGUCUUGGGCCGCAUGACGGACAUUACGCAAGAGAACGACUCGGGCCACGCCCUCGUGACUGUGGAGGAGAUCUUUAAGGACGAGAAGAUGGGUUUGCGCUUCUUCGGCAAAGAACCUCUCGAAGUUACUUUCCUCAACAUGGACUGGAACUGCCCAUGCCCAAACAUAACGGGCGCGGCCGCGGAAGGUCAGGUCAUCAUCAUGGGCAACGUCAGCGAAGGCAUGGCCAUACUCCAGCCUGAGAGCUACGUGGGUGCUUCCACUCCCCGUCGGGUACGGAAACUGAAAGAGGUCAUCUCGAAGAACACCUGCAACAUCCUCAAAGCAAUCACCAAUAGCCCUCAGUAGGAUUCUCACUGCACAAAGCGUGGACUUGACAAAACUGUAACAAACUCUUGUGAGCUCGACCUCACUGAGGCGUUGUUUGAAUCUUUUGAUUCGAAAGUUCAUGUUUCUUGGAAUUCUUUGCUUGUUUAUUUUCCCCAGUUGUAUCUUGUUCAUCUAGGAUUUUGUAUAUUUUAGUUUCUGUUUUGCUUAAUAAUGUAGGAUGGAGAUGUCCUUAAUUUUUGUCUUAUUGUGCUGUGAACAGGCAUCCGCAUUGCAGAUUUAUUUUGCUUUUACUUUUGUCAAAUCUAAUGGUUUCAGAUCUCUAAUGAUAACCUGAAAACAUUUAAAUGCAGUGUUAAAUUGUUUUAUUUAUUUAGAGAAUAAAAAAAUCGACCUUGUUUAAGGUGGAAAUUUGUUAAACUAUAAAACUGAACAAAUUUUAAAAUUACAAAAUGCAACAAAUGCUAAAUAAUAAAAUUUCUGCAAUUGAC